AAUCAAAAUAGAAUUCCGAAUUUAGAAUAUGACAGACUGAAAAAAAUUUUCAAUUCGAACGCAUUGCCGCUGCUGCUGCUUGUUCUUCUUCUUCCACAGCCGCUGUGGGGGGACAUUGGGGGUCAAAUGCAGAAGAUCGGGGCGAAGAUUUCGUGAAUUUGUGAUUUCCGAUUUCGUUUUUGCUAAUUUGCGAUUGCCCAGACCAAAGACACACUCGAAAACACACCGAACACAUACACAUACGCCCACACCAACAAAAACAUCCGCUUUUGGCCGCCUGUAAUUAUGGUUUUUAUUACUCCUGCAGCGCCUUUCGCCUUCUUUAACCGCCAAUUGCUCCUGCUCCUGCCCACUAACCAAAAAGAUACAAAUAAAAAGAAGCGAUAACUCAGCCACCAGAGGAAGUGAAAUGAUAAAGUCCACCACGAAUCCACAGGAACAGCGUCUGCCACGCCCCGAGGAUCAGCCGCCACCGCCGCCUCCCCCUUCCUCCACCUCCACCGCCGCCCCUGCCACGCCCACGCACCAAGUGGCCACCGUGAUAGCGAACAUGGACACACUGAAGACCACCUUUCUGCCUAAUCUCAGCAUGGAUCCUAAUGUGCACGUCCCGGCGCACUAUUGUCCCAUGUGCCACCAGCAGUUUGAGCGGCCGCAACACGUUGCGGAACACAUGCAGCUGUGCCACGGCGUCACCCUGAAUGCCCAAGGUGCCAUUACCGCGCUGGAAGGACAUCCGCAGGCACAACAACACCUCAAGCCCAGUCACCCCUGCUUCAAUUGUGAUGAAAAGUUCGGCAAUGCCGUCGAUCUGGAUGAACACCAUCGGUUGGCCCAUCAGACUUCCGCCUUCCUGGCCCGGUGUCUCAUGUGCAGCAUCUACGGCAUCCACUCGGCAACCCAACAGCCCAAUGAGUACAAGUGCACGCAAUGCGGUUCCAUCUGCACCACAGCUAUGCUGGCCGCUGGUCAGCCGAGCUUCAUGGAACAGCAGGAGGCGGCGGUGACGCCCGACGACCAGUUGCCGGCGAUGGCGCCCCGUGAUAUGAGACUGACGCCCGAGGAGCAGCACCACCAGCAGCAAUUACAGGCGGGGCACCACCACCAACAGCAACAACAGCAACAGCAACAGGAACUGCUGGGGCAGCAGCAACGAGAGAUACAGGAGCAGGCGCAACAGCAGCAGGUGCACCAUCAUCAACAGGAUCAGGAUCUCACCGCCGACCAGGUGGCGUUGAAGGUGCCACCGCUCACCGUUAAACUGAAUAAGAACGCCAAUGGUGCUGCUAUUGUGGCCCAUCCGCAGGUCAUCAUUAAGGAGGAACCUCUCAGCCUAAGCGAUAGUGGCGAUGUUGUCAACUCAGUGCCCGUCUAUGCCAUACAAGCGAAUCCAGGUGCUCCCGCCCCGGCCAGUUCUGGUGUGCUCGUCGGCACGCAAACAGUGGCCGCCGAUUUGGCGCAUAAAAUACGACACAAAUGUCCGGACUGUCCGAAGACCUUCAAGACGCCCGGAACGCUGGCCAUGCACCGCAAGAUCCAUUCAGGCGAAGCAGACGCCACGCCCAAAGAACGCCCCUACACGUGCUCCUACUGCGGCAAGUCCUUCACUCAAUCGAAUACACUAAAACAGCACACUCGCAUACAUACAGGUGAGAAACCAUUUAGAUGUGGCUAUUGUGGCAGGGCGUUCACUGUUAAGGAUUACCUGAACAAACAUUUAACGACUCACACGGGUGAGAAGCCGUUUCAUUGCGGGUACUGCGAGAAGUCCUUCAGCGUGAAGGACUACCUAACCAAGCACAUACGGACGCACACUGGUGAGAAGCCUUACACCUGUCCGUACUGUGACAAGCGCUUCACGCAACGCAGCGCCCUAACGGUGCAUACGACCAAGCUGCAUCCACUCUAGGGCAGGCCGGGCGGUGGCCGCCAGAUAGUCGUUCCUGACCCAACCGCUCCUCCAACAUCUGCUGAUGCGCAUCCGACGUCUGGCGAUUCGGAUUCCGGAUCCAAAGAAGCCAUCUGCAGCGGCAGCGGCAUCAGCAUAGAUGGAAAGAGGGCGAUGGUGCGCCAGCGGAAACGGAAGCGGAAACGGGAUGAGCAACCCAUAAUGAAAGACCUUUUCAAAGACGAGACACACUCACACACAAAAACACACAUACACGGGAGUUAACUGAAGCGGAUGCAACGCAACCAACGACUGGCAAAUCUCUUCACAGUGCUGCUAGAUUAAAUUACUAAAAUUAGAUACUUUCUUUCGGUUAACAUAUACAAACAGAAAACAAAAUUGUACUAAAUUAGCGUACAGUUCGUAGAAUGUUUAAGUUAUUGCAAUCGAUUUUUGAUCUUUAUUAUUACUCUUUGGUUAUGUAGAUGUUUUGCAAUUUUAUUUUUAUACACCUAUUGUAUAUCGUAUAUAAUAUUUUGUUAUUCUAUGAGAUUUUAUAUGGUGACUCCUUAGCGCACACUCACUUACGCGCGGCGCUAUACCCACAAAAACAACACGAAACACACCACACAUAAACACACACAUCUAUUAUUUAUAAAGAGAGAAAAUAUUUUUUACUCAUAUACUUUGUGGCAAUAUUAUUUUUACUACUUCCUAAAACUUGUUUGUAAAUGUUAUCUAAAAAAGAAAAAAACAGCAAAACAAAGAAAGGUAAAACUCA